AUGGUCAAACUCGGUGCUCUGGUUCUUGGGCUUCUCAGUCUCACGGCUGAAGUAUGCGCGCAAAAAACCGUCAGGAUAAUGCCCUUUGGAGCGUCCAUUGUCUCACGAUGCUGGCGCGCAAACCUCCAAACCUCACUCCGAGCCGCGGGCAUCACCAAUUUUGAGUUUGUGGGCAGUCAAACAGCACCGACAUGCUCAGGCACCAACAUCGACCCAGACCACGAAGGCCACCCCGGAUCUCAAGCAACUACCUGGGCUGCCAACGCCGACCUGGUUGCCAAGCUGAAGCAGAACCCCCCGGACGUAGUCAUCAUGCUCAUCGGCACCAACGACGUUCUCAUCGGCCAAAAGCCCAUCGUUCAGAUCCUCGCUGCCUACGACGUCCUCAUCGGCCAGAUGCGCGCCAGCAACAGCAAAAUGCAAAUCAUCCUCUCCAACCUCCUUCCUCUAGACCCGGCCCGCUUCAAAGCCACCCCUGUGCAAGGGAUCAAGGACCUCAACGCCGAAAUCGCAAAAUACGUAGCCACCCAAAAUACCGCUGCGAGUCCCGUCCGCUUCGUCGACAACUACUCUGGCUUCGAUGCCGUCAAGGAUACCGAUGAUGGCGAGCACCCCAACCUCACUACAGGAGUGCAGAAGAUGGCAGCCAAGUUCUUUGGGCCGACCCGAGAUGCGAUCAGAGCUGUUAGUGCGGCGAAGAGGGUUAGGACUGUUAGCGUGAGGUGGAGGAACAGAGAAUAG